GCAGCUCGACGAGCAGCAUUUGCUCGUGGAAUGUUAGUUUGUAAGUUUGAUUUCUUUGAGAAGACUGAUUAGUUAGACAACUCAGCAAGUGUAAAGAACGAUCAAGCAAGCUUGAAAGCACGUGAUAGGAAGUUAUUCGCUGACCGUAAUUUUCACUCGAUGAGUUUCACUUCUAACCUGAAUUAGUCGUCCAGCUAGCUUCUAGCAGUAGCAACGUAUUCGUCUUCGAAGUACACAUUUUCUUCGCUUAAAGACACAUAUUCGAGGAAGGAAAAAUCGUAAAGUAUUGAAAAUUAAAAAGAUACCAGUCAUAUCUUUAUAAAAUUGUCAUCAGCAUCAAUUGUCAAGAAAAUAUAUUACACGAAUGGCAUAAUAUUUGAGGGGCACUGUUUGAUACAGAAUCAGUGAUCGACCGGUAUCCACGUGUGUUUUCAAGUAUAAUAGAAGUAUUUUUUUUUAUCCUUACAUUUAUGUAACAACGAAAAAAUAAUUACGAUACACGACGAAAUCGUUUUAAAUUUGAACAUCAUGUGGCCAAAAGAUGUUGGUAUCAAAGCAAUGGAAGUGUAUUUUCCUGCUCAGUAUGUUGAGCAAACUGAGCUUGAACGAUUUGAUGGUGUAUCUGAAGGAAAAUAUACCGUUGGUCUAGGUCAAUGUAGAAUGGGAUUUUGCAAUGACCGUGAAGAUAUUAAUUCUUUGUGUUUAACAGUGGUACAUCGAUUAAUGGAUAGGUAUGACAUAAAACCACAAGACAUAGGGAGAUUAGAAGUUGGAACAGAAACUGUAAUAGACAAAAGUAAAUCAGUGAAAUCUGUUCUUAUGCAACUGUUUGAACCUGAUGGUUGUACGGAUAUAGAAGGUGCUGAUACAACCAAUGCAUGCUAUGGAGGUACUGCUGCUGUAUUGAACGCCGUAUCUUGGGUAGAAAGCAGUGCUUGGGAUGGUAGAUUAGCUUUAGUUGUGGCUGCUGAUAAUGCCGUAUAUUCUACUGGAGCUGCUAGACCAACUGGUGGUGCUGGAGCCAUUGCAAUGAUAAUUGGAUCAAAUGCACCUAUAGUAAUUGAUCGUGGAAUAAGAUCAUCGUGCAUGAAACAUGCAUAUGAUUUUUACAAACCAAAUUUAAAAUCAGAAUAUCCGGUUGUAGAUGGACAAUUAUCAAUUGAAUGUUAUCUCAGUGCAUUGGAUAAUUGUUAUCAGACAUAUUGUAAGAAGGUAAAAAAUAAGUUUAACGAAUUUGUAACUUUAAAUAAUUUUCAUUCAUUUUUGUUCCAUUCUCCGUACUGUAAAUUAGUACAAAAGUCUUAUGCUAGAUUAGCUUUUAACGAUUUCUUAAAUGCAUCCAAAGAAGAAGUACUUAAAAAGUAUCCAGAACUAGAAAAAUUUCACGAUGUUAAACUUGAAAAUAGUUAUUUUGAUAGAGAUAUUGAAAAGGCAUUUAUGAAUUUGAGCAAAGCAGAUUUUAAUCGAAAAACGAAACCUUCUUUGUUAAUAGCAAGUCAAGUAGGAAAUAUGUACACUCCGUCUGUAUAUUCUGGAUUAGCUUCUUUACUUAUUAGUAAACCUAUAGAAGAAUUAGCAGGUGCCAAAAUUGGCGUAUUUUCCUAUGGUUCAGGAUUUUGUUCCACUAUGUAUUCAUUAACGAUAACGAAAUAUUCGAAGGAUGGGUCGGAUUUAAUGAAAAUUAUUACGGCCUUGUCGUACAUUAAUCAUGAAUUAGAGUCUCGCAAAAAAGUUUCCCCAUCAGAUUAUACAAAGAUAUUGGAAUGGCGUGAACAAAAUUGUCACACUGUACCAUUUACUCCUCAAAGUAGCAUUGCUAAUAUGUUUCCUGGAACAUAUUAUCUUGUACAAGUGGAUGAAAAAUAUAGAAGGAUCUAUAAGCGGGUAUGAAACUUACGAUAGUUUUAUACGCUUAGUCUUUUUUAUCUAGUUAUUCUGUUUGGUACUAUAACAAAGAAAUAAUUGGGAGUUUUAUUAAUUACCGAAUAAAAAUUUUCAUAAUGCACAAACAUCUGUGUAAUUUAAAAAUUAACUGCUUAACGAUUAGAACUUAAACAUUUAACACUAAACCUUAGUGCCAAUAAAAUUUCAUUAAUAUGCACUAAGCUUAAUGUAUAAAAAGUGUGCCUUAUACAUACAUUAGAAUGCAAACCAAAAGAUAAGUCAGCUCAGUAUUUUUAUUUCACGUCCUGAGUACGUAAACUAACUUAUAUUUUAACUGUAAUCAAAUAUUUAAAUAGUUUUAAUUGUUUUGUUAAAAUAAAUAAAGUAUAUAUAAAGUACAAGAUGUGAUUUGCAAGCAAAUUAUUUUUGUUUUGCAAAACUUGUACGAUGUUAAUAAAUGAUUAUUUUCUCAAACAGAUAUAAUAAAUUUAUACGAAAUAUUAAAGUAUAGAAAAAUAUAUAAUUGUAUUUAUAUUUUAUUUGAAUCAUUUCAAUGUUACAACAUUACAAAAUAGUAUAGUACUAAAAUAUUCUUCUAAAAAAAUAUAUUAAUAUAUUAUUUCUGUAUUCUGAGAUUCUCUUCAUUAUAAAUAAAUAUGAGCAUUCACAACUACUACGUUUCUGAACCGCUGAAGUACAUAAUUGUCACGAAAUACGUAAAGACUAAGAGUUUAUAUUUACAACUGUAUAAAUUACAAAACCCGACUACCAGUCGUAAGUCUCCGAUAAAAUUGUAAAUACAAUUGCAAGUUUUCUAAUUAAUGUAAAACGAGUAGUAAACUCUUAUUUUGAUAUUAAUUGGACAGUGAUAGAAAAUACUGGCUCAAUACCAUGAAUAUCAACAAUAUAGUGAUUCAAUUUUGUCUUAAUAUCACAUGAUUUGAAUCAUUAUAAAAAUAUAAGACACUGUUUCUUCGUUUUGUAUAAAAAUUUCAAUUUGAACAAGA